GGUACAUAGUACUAAAGAGAACGCGAGAGACAACUGGUGGCGAAUCGCGCAUUGACUAGUGUACGAUCCCGAAGCUGAGAGUCCCCCAUUUAGUUCCGCAGUAUCGAAAGGGAACGAGCUCACGUUAUUUUAUCCGCAGUCUCUAACCAUCCGAAAAUGACAACUGUUGGAUCGACUUUCUGCUGGAAAGCCUUGAUUCUGAUUUUAGUUAUCGGGAAUUCGGCUGCUAUUGUUUGGAACGGAGAUGGAACCAACACACGCUGGGCACUCCAGUGUGACUUUAUAGGCCGAGAUUUCAAGAAUCAGAUUAGCCCUGGAGACCGAUGCGGAUCGCUUUGCAAGGAGAAUUCUCCCUGCAGCCACUUUACCUGGACCAAUUAUAACGGGGGAACCUGCUGGAUGAAAUCUGGCUAUGUGUCAGAAUUCGACGCCGUGUCAAAAACAAAUGAUGGUGCGGUUUGCGGAUUUCUUAAGACAACGGUCAGUCCACCGGCCAGUGCAUGGAAAGAUGAGGGAACCCUAAAAUGGGCAUUAAAUUGCGAUUUUUUAGGUCGGGAUUUGAUGGCAGUGGCGACCGCUGCUGAGAAAUGCGGAGGAACUUGCCUAUCAAACCCGGAAUGUAGUCACUUCACUUGGACAAACUAUCAAGGCGGUACUUGCUGGUUGAAAAAGAACGGCGCUUCGGAUUGUGACGCCGUUGUGAAAACAGAUUCCGGCGCAGUAUGCGGUUUCUUGAAAUUUUAAUCUUUCCAGAAUUCAGUUUUCCUCUUAUUGACUAAAGAAUUUGUUUCAAUCCAGUAAUUCUGUGUAUUAAGAAAUCAGAUGCCUCUAAGUCGAUACUCGAUAACAAUAAUAUUUUCCAAGUCAACCA